AUGAGAGAGAGAGAGAGGUAUGGUGGGUGAGGUGGUAACUGUAAGCGGGUGAACAGGUAGUGUGGAGGAGGGAGGGUGGGCGAGGUAAGGGCAACCCCUCGCCAAUGUUUUGUACUGACACGCGUUCCUUCCUCCUCCUCCUCCACUUCCUAACUCCUGGAGAGGAGCCUCGUAAACACAACAAGUGGUUACACCCUGCCGGGAGGCGAUGAAGACAGUCAGAAGUGGAGGUGUGAGGGAGGAACCUCUACAGGACACAAGAGGAAGAUCCACCUCUAUAACCCACCGCUAGAGGGCACAAAGUGGCGUGGCACCCGGCUGACUAGUGCGAGGCACAAACGGCUCCUCCACCGCCCUAUUGUAUUAAUAGCCGCAUCAGGUGUGUGCAGAGUCGUGAGGCGGGUGUCCCAGCUCCAGAGCGCCGCCUUCUAGGCGCCUCCACCAUCUGCUCCACACCUGUUCAUGACAGCUGGUGCUUCGGCCACCAGCUAAACCUCAGCUGGUGCGGCCAACCCUUCCUGUGAACCUGCGCGUGUGUUUACAAAAAUCAGUUUAGUGGGCGAACAGUGGGUUCAAUUCUAUUGAAAAUCAGCGUGUUAACCCUCCAAUUGAACACGUGUUAACAUUGAACCUCUAAUUGUGUGUGUGUGUCAUUUGGUUUAAGAAGCAAAAUAGAAGUGCAUUGGCUUUCAUAAUUCAUCUCAUUGGACUUGUACAUGAGAAGCGUGGACGGUGUAACCAGGAUUGUCAGUUAAGCGGACUUGGUCACACUAACCCCAGUCCGACACUGGGUAUGACCGGGCCCUGUGUGCCCGAGUGCCAGGAUGCCGGGUAGAGGGGGGUCAGGUCACGCUAGGUCACACUCCAGCGUGGACCAUGGGUUGAGAAUCAGCCACUCAGGCAUGUGGGUCGGACGCGACGCGGGUCCGGACGACAGUACGCAGAUGCAUCUGAUUGAUUUCCCUUACGAACAGGUGCCACGAAUACGGACGACGGAGGUGCGGGAACACGGGCAGUUCGUGACGGUGGUGGAGGUGGAGAAGGACGAUGCCGACAAGUCCGGUUCAACGCGCCAUGCUUCGCGGGCCGCGACCCAACCGGUUCCGCGGCCGCGAGGAUUCGUCACGGUGGUGGCAGUUGGGAACAACGCGGACACCAGCCUUCACCUCAACACUGGCAACGUCGCCGUCGACGCUAAUCUCAAGCACCGGACGGAACACCGCGCGGAUGUGGAAGCCGAUUACGUGAACCAGGAAAUGAUAGACAGAGAGAGGAAGACGGCGGAGGAGUGGCAGACGGAGACCGUCCCAGACCAGGUGGUGGUGUACCGUCUGCCGGGGGAGCGGCUUGGUCUGGGGCUCAAAUUCGACGGCGGAAUGGGGGCGCGAGAACGCGUGCGGCGGCUUUUCAUACAGAGUGUCGCGCCGGACUCGCCGGCAGCACGCGCUGCUGUUCCCUGGGGCGAGCUGCAGCCUGGCGAUCAGAUCCUUAAUAUCGAGGGCUGGGCUGUGUCCUCCAUGACCAGAGUGCAGUGCGUGUCCUUCCUGAAGGACGCCGCCAUGAAGAUCACAAUCGGCGUGCACAAGGGAAAUGGACAGCUUCCGGACUUCGACAUGUGCACCUCGGAGGCUCCGGAGUACGUAAAGGAGGAGGGACAGGAAGAAGCGGAGGCCGAGGACGAUAACGAGGACUCCUCACGCCCUCCGCCUCUCAUUGUUGGCGAGAUGAGGAAACGACUCCCACCACCUCCUCUCCCUCCUAGGGCACGGCCCAGAAAAUCCCCAGCACGGCCGCCUAAGGAUCCUACACCCGUACCUCCACCGCCAAGUGCUUUCCAGGACCUGUAUGACGAGUCGGGUGAAAAAAUGGCUCGGGGCAUGUACCCGACGUCUGGAAAUUCCGAGGAUGUGGAACAUUCUAUGCACGGGUGGCGGGAGUAUGUUUUGUCGCGUCGAACUCGUCCCAGUGACCUGGAGGAGUUGCUGGAGGACCUGGAAUUUCACCUGCCUCGGACGUGGACCACUAGGAGGGUGGACGAGUCCAUGGAUGGAGGUCUACCUCCACGACCCACCUUCUACGUGGACCUUGUUGGGGAGGAGGACGCGAUGGGCCCGUGUGGGAGUGAGAGCGACGAGACCAGCAGCUCGGUGUCGACUGUCAUUGAUCGACUCUCGUUAUGUUCAUCCACCAAUGUGUCUAGAAAUUCCUCGUUUAAUGCCUCUGCCGAUGCCUCUAGGUUUGACUUGGCUCGAGCACUGAGUCCCUUCGAGCAGCUGGAGAAGGAGUUGGAGACUGAUACACAGCAGCAGCAGCAGACUCCUGCCACGGCUCCACGGGAUGAGGUGAUGCCAGCGCCACCGAUAGAUCGCAGCACUAAACCUACCACGGCAGAAUCCUCUAUUCCUGAGGUCGAGCAGCACGCUGCUGUCUCUCGCAAGACCUCGUCGUCAAAGAUCAAAAUGCGUCCAUCCAUUAAAUCAUUCUCAUUCAGCCUGAAAGGACGUCCGUUUUCAUGGCAGCAAGGGAAGAGUGCCAGCGACAGAGGGGUUAGCCGCUCCGACACGUUUCUGUCGAUCAAAAAGCCCGGAAAGAGGCCUGCGCCGCCUCCACCCCCUCGCUCCAUCGACAGUGGAACCCGCCAGAGCGAGUCCCCUCCCACGGUCACCUCCAGCAUGGGCGUGGAGACGGGUAUGGGCAUUAGAGAGAGGAUCUCACACCCAGACAACGACACCAUUCACGAUGAUUCGGAUAAUUACAUUGAUCUGAUAGCAGAAGCAGCCAAUCAAAAUCUUCAUAACGAAACCACAGCCGUAACUAGUAACGUGUCGGAGAGAGAAGUGACAACGAAGGUGGCCAAGGAAGAGCUAACUUUGCCCUUUCUGGCGCAGGUCAAACAACCAAAGCAUUCCCCGGAAUAUUUGUUGAUCUUAGAUUCCCCGCCCGGCCCUGAUGUGCUCGAUAAAUUUCCCGACAAGAGCUUUUACACCGGUGUUGCGGGAGACGUGAACUCUGAACUCCCAGACACUGUUCAAGAGGAAUACAAAUCGCUUGGCGCUGGUGAAAGGGUUGUCAUCCAAGCAGAAACUUCCCCCAGGAGUGUGACAACUCCGCCCGAAGUUAUCGAGUUAUGCACAAGUGAUCACAAUUCAGAAAGUUUGCAGCAGGAGUCUUCAUUGUCAGAGGCUACAGCGAGCUCGGCAGGCGGUGGUAGCCCGUGUCUCUCGGACGAUUACAUAUUUUCAACCUCCCAGAACUGUAUCGAGACCCGGGCUCAGGUUCACCACGCCCUGGACGAUACAGUAGACACAGAAACCAUAGCGAUUUGUCAGAGUCUGGAGAACGAGGACCUCGAAACAGGCUCGGUGAGGGAAUUAUCGAAUAAAGGAGAAAUGGAUAAUGGCAUUGAUGUGGAAGUUAGUGAACUUGAUGGAAGCAAAAGCCCCGAUGAUAGUGGAGAAGUUGACGUAAGUACAGACAUUGAUGCGAGUGUUGAUGAUGAGUUUGAUGAGAGGACAGUUGAAAGUACAAAACUAACUUACAAUUCAGGGCUUAUUAGUGUUACAGGACGAGAUAAUGGUACAAAUAUUAAUGGCACUCCACUGGUUGAUAACAUAAUGGAAGCUGACAGCAGUGAGAGGACUGACGGCUACAGUGAAACGGUUGGCGACGUCAGUGAAAAGGUUGAUGACGACGUCAGUGAAAAGGUUGAUGACGACGUCAGUGAUAAGGCUGACGACGUCAAUGAAAAGGUUGACGACAUCGCUGAAAAGGUUGACGACGUCAGUGAAAUGGUUGACGACGUCAGUGAAAAGGUUGACAUCAGUGAAAAGGUUGACGACGUCAGUGAAAUGGUUGACGACGUCAGUGAAAAGGUUGACGACGUCAGUGAAAUGGUUGACGACGUCAGUGAAAAGGUUGACGACGUCAGUGAAAUGGUUGACGACGUCAGUGAAAAGGUUGACGACGUCAGUGAAAUGGUUGACAUCAGUGAAAAGGCUGACGACGUCAGUGAAAAGGUUGACAUCAGCGAAAAGGUUGACGACGUCAGUGAAAAGGUUGACAUCAGUGAAAAGGCUGACGACGUCAGUGAAAAGGUUGACGAUAUCAGUGAAAAGGUUGACGUCAGUGAAAAGGUUGAUGACGACGUCAGUGAAAAGGUUGAUGACGACGUCAGUGAAAAGGUUGACAUCAGUGAAAAGGCUGACGUCAGUGAAAAGGUUGACAUCAGUGAAAAGGCUGACGUCAGUGAAAAGGUUGACAUCAGUGAAAAGUCUGACGACAUCAGUGAAAAGUCUGACGACAUCAGUGAAAAGGCUGACGACGCCAGUGAAAUGGUUGACGACAUCAGUGAAAAGACUGACGACAGCAUGAAAGGGGACUACAGCACCGAAGGUGAAGUGAGCACAGAUUAUGAUGACAGUGAAAUGUUAAUAAGUGAAUCACUGGAUGACAGCUGUGAGAGAAAUGACAACCAGCAAACAGCUGUCAGCAACGCCAAGGCAGAAGAGACAUAUGUACAAGACAACAUCGCUGGAAUACCGGAGGAGGAGGAGGAGGAGGGCUUCCUCUCCUGUUCCUCACCAAAGACCUCUCCUACAGAGCCCCUCCUGCCGGGAAGAGCUCCUAAGCUUCCUGGCGUCGCAGAAGAAGAAGGUCUUUACGAAGACCUGUACGAUGAGUGCUACCCUCUCGACACUCCGGCAGAUCCCAGGAGCAGAGGACCUCGAGACUUCAACGUCGCUCGGAGCUUAAGACGCGAAGUAAGUCGAGCUCUGCCAAUCGUUCCAGAGGAAGACAGCGGCGAUCUAGACACGACUGAAGGUGAUCUGACUGCCUUAUACGACGAUAUUGCUGACGAGAGCGGAGAGGGUACCUCGGCUGAGGCGAUGAGCUUGGACGUUUCCGAUGAGGUUGACAUGGAGGGCUUAGCCGUUCCGUCCGUUCAGCUUGAAACGGGCGGCUCUAAAGCGAGCUUAACAAUCGGCCAGUGCUCAAGGCAGAGGCGUCUCAGGCCUGACUUGGGGGACCUCAUCAGGCGGGAGAUGAACCUGAGCGACGACGUGACGGUGGAGGUGGAGGAAGAAGAGGAGGUAGAGAACCUGGUGGAGUGUGAGAACGAGAAGGAGCUCCUGCUGGUGAUGAGAGCCCUCCGUCAGGAGCACUCUAGCGACCACCUCAGGUGGCUUCAAGACGACAGCGAAGGUGACGACGAUGACGCGGGAGGAGGAGGAGGAGGAGGAGGAGCAGGAGGAGGCACUAGUGAAGGUUCCGACGGUGCUACUGAAGGUGACGACCACCACCGGGAAUCUGACGAAGGUGAAGAUGAGCACGAAGAUGAACCUGCGGCCGAAGAUGUGUGUAAGGAUGACCCGGCUGGCGGGGGUCAGGGCGCUGCGGCGCGUGCCCUGAGCGACCCCCAGGUUGGAGGGGGAGAAGGGGGGAAGAAGGAGGAGGAGGUGGUGGGGGGAGAGAAACAGCUUCCCCCCUCCUUCUCUCCCCCACAAGUCGCCGCUGCCCACAGCCCAGCCACCAGCCUCCACCACCACAGUCUCGCACAGGGCACAACCCGCCACCCACGCCACGCCACCCUCCCACUCACCCGCGCCCUCCCCUCCCACGCUGGCGGCCGCCCGCACGCCCACGCCACCCACCACGCCCAGGACACAGCCUCGGAGAUAGGCUUAGCAAGCGGCGGUGAACCCCGCGUCACACAGACGGUCAGACAAGCGGAUCAUUCCCCAAACUGGAGUUUAGUGAGUAGUGAAGGUGCGUUUGAGUGCGCGGCGCGUGAGGAGAGUAGCCAGAGUGCCACGUGCGGCGUGCGGAGCGUGGUGGCACGGACUCUGGAGAGUGCCACGAGCAGCGGCACGGCCAUGGUGGCACGGACGGACACGAACCAGGCGGGGAAGGUCACCAACUGUCUCGACAAUGUUGAGUCUCUUGCCCUGUUGGCCAGAGGUGGGGAGCAGGACAAGGGCGAGGCUGGCGACGGUGCCGCGCCCGUGGCACCUGACGCCGAGGGUGCCAUCAGCCUGGGUGGCACCUCUGAUGCCAGCAGCAGCGACGGAGAGGAGCCACAGGUCGCGGAGACCAGCAGGAGCAGUGAAGACACUCCAGAACCUCCAGACUUUUCCACACACCCUAUGUGCACAGGUAAGGCAGCAGUUGCACGCUCAACAACAGCUGCUACAAAAAACUUACGUUUGCAGCGUUUACAGAAACAGCAACAGGUACAGCGACAACAGGAAGAGCAAGAACAACAGCAUCGGAUGCAGCAGCAAUAG